UCAAUUUGGAGACAGCAUGAAACGGAAAAAAGCGUCCAAUACCUCUGACCUUGUGGCAAUACUCGUCAUACCUCCAUAGACGCUUCAAGGCUUUUGCUGGAAUUGUUAAUUUAAACGGACCAUUCAACUGAAAGCAAAUGGCUCGAAAAGGCAAAAGGAAAUCAUCGACUAGUGAGGCGCCUGAUGUCAAGACGGAAUCGCGCAGCAGUAAACGAAAAACCUCGCACGAGACGGCAAAGUUGACUAACGUCUCACAGAGUUCCAAUAAAAAGGGAAAAGGAAAGCAGAAAGAAGAUAACAUAAAGGAAAAGGGAGCCAAGAAUACAUCAAGAGUCAAUGCUGACCAAGCGACUGUAAACAAGGCAGCGUCUCCGCCACCCAAUCUGUCCUUAGGAGACCGUAUAGACCGUUUACUACCGGAAGAAUUAUAUAGAGACGAUACCUCUAAUGAAUCUGAUAGCUCCUUAUCAGACGCUUCAAGUGGGAUACCAUUGAAAAUAGAGCGCAAACCAUUACCGUGGGUAAAUGAACCAGAUACCAGCGGAUCUGACUCUAGCGACAACGAAGAGGAUAUGAACUGGGAAACUGUAGCCGAAACUGAAAUGGAAACGCCUAUGAAAAAUCCUCCAUUGAAAGAUCGAGAGAUAAAAGACGUAGAAAUUACGUUUGAAGCCCCAAAAAGCAAAAACAGAAAAUCAAAACUGGAACUAGAAAUUGAUCGAAUUGUUCGUGAUCUGCUUCACAAUGUGCAUGUGGUAUGUCUUGUUGGACACUAUAUGCUUCGAAAUAAAUGGUGUGCAAGGGAGGAUAUAAAGGGUCUUUGCAAAUCUGUUAUUCCAAAUCAUGUAUACGCUGCUUUAGAGGCAAACGGCUCUGAUAUAAAAAAAUGCGUACGGGCGAUUUCGAGUUGGUGGAGAUCUUACUUCAAAGUGACGAGCCCUGGUCUAGCUACUCAUUCAUAUGAAGAGUUUGAAACUCUUGACGAAAAUAUACGUUCCCUGUUAUUCUCCAACCUUUCUUCUUUGCCGGCAGAAAAGAAAGCAAUUUUGGCAUCCUUUUGUGGAGAGGAAUUCAUCAUGAACAGCGAGGAUUUCAUAAAAUGCCUUGUAUCCAAGCAAGGCUCUAGAGACACAUCAGCUGAACUCUUUGUUGCUAUCCUGCGAUCUGUAGGUAUUGAUGCAAGAUUAGUGUGCUCCAUUCAGCCAAUAUCGUACCGUGUAGCAGCUGAACGAACGAGCGAAAGUCGCAAGAAAAAAGGUUUGGAUAAAAGCAAACAAAACGAUACCUUUCCACCGUCUCAUACCGAAGAAACAAAAGUGCCUUUGAAAUUUCCAUUUCGUUCGCCUGCACCACGAUUAUCACCACCGCCAGAAGACGGUAGCUCGAAGAAAAAGGAAACGAACCCUCUCACUUCCCCAACAUCUAAACCGCCAACCGUCUGGGCAGAAAUUUACGAUGAAUCACUUUCACGCUGGAUACCAAUAGACCCUAUCAGGGGCUUUAUUGAUGAAGCCAAGGCUAUGGAACCAUCAGUGUCAUCGAAAAACAAUAUAUUAUCUUAUGUAAUUGCUUAUCACAGUGACUGUGAUGGAUGCAUAGAUGUUACAAGGCGAUACACAUCAAACUGGGAAAAGACGAAUCGGUUGCGGGGACGGGAGCUUUCCAAAUCUGAAAAAGAGAUCGGAAGACGGCCAUGGUGGGACGAUUUUUACGAAACUAUCCGACGACGGAAACUAGGAGAUCGUGAACGACACGAAGAAACAGAGUUUGAGUCUCUGAAUGAGAAAGAGCCUAUUCCUACUUCCAUCAGUAGGUUCAACAACCAUCGUUUGUAUGCGUUAGAGCGACACCUGAAAAAGUUUGAAAUUCUGGAACCCAACGCCACGGUACUUGGAAAAAUCAAAGGAGAGAACAUAUACCCCCGCUCAGCUGUUCAACCUGUCAGUACAAUGGAAACCUGGUUGAAACAAGGCAGAAGUAUCAAGCGAGGUGAACAACCUAUCAAGACUGUAAAUGCUCGAGCGGUAACUCUGGAAAAGAAACGCGCCAAAGAGAUUGCUCGACAAGAAGGCGAGGAGCUUCAAGUUGGAUGCUACGCUUACUGGCAAACGGAGAAAUUCAGGCCGCAAAAUGUGAUCAACGGCGUCAUCCCCAAGAAUUCCUUUGGAAACGUCGAUUUAUACCAGCCAGAUAUGUGUCCUAUUGGAGCAAGUCAUAUCGCGAUUCAAGGAAUAGGCAAGGUUGCUAGAAAACUAGGGGUGGAUUUUGCAGAUGCGGUGAUUGGGUUUGAAUUCGUUAAGCAACGAUCCGUGCCAGUGGUUAAUGGCAUAGUUGUGCCAGCUGAAGCCGAGGAAAUGGUGCUCGAGGCAUGGCAAGAGACUCAGGCACAUGAAUCUCGGAAAGCUCUUGCCAAGCAAGAGGUGGAGAUAUACACACGAUGGAAGCGUCUCAUCACUAGUGCGUUAUUGCAUAAGCGACUGAACGAAGCAUAUGGUGACGAGGUUAUCUGAAAGAUCGCAGUUCGGGAUCAAUAAAAGAUAGGUCAGAAAUGUCAUGGGGCAAACGCUCAGUCAGCUCGUGUGACUCUAGCAUGAAGCAGCAAGAGUAUGGAGGAAAAAAAAUAUCAUAUUCCUCGAA